UCCAGAUCGAGCUCGCGGCAAUCGUUGCACGCGAUUGUGUACGUGUGCGCCGUGGUGCCGCGCAACACCCGCGGAAUCGUCGGAUAGGCGUCGCGCGUUCGCCGAAACCAAGCAGAGUCAGUCCGUUCUGGUUCGUCAGUUGGUUCGGUAGUCGUCGCUCGAGCGUGCGGAAACGAAAGCGUGGAAAAGCGUACGAGACGCAGAAGGGGUGGGAAAACAUAUCCAUCCGUCGGGAGAAGAAAAAAAAAAGAAAAGAAAAUCUGUUUUCUCUUUUCGCGAUUCCCGAAAUUCCGUGAUCAUCGUAAGAAAGAUUGUGGUGGUGGUAAUCGAGUGGAAACUGUGUUCAAUUUAAGUUCUUCAGUUCAUCGAACAGGUGCAAAAAUAAACUCACACUCCCAUGCCGGGAGGACCGAUGCAAAGUGGUAAAAUUUUCCAAUCGUCAAGUGAGAGAAUUUUCGUCUUCGAAUGGUGCCGUGAAAACAGUAAAUAAAAAGGAAAAGGAUUCAAGCGAAUGCCUUAUCCCGUAGCCUUUACCAAAAAAUAAUAACUAGAAAAAAAAUAACGCACACUGCCCAUAAGAAGCCCAGGGAAAAAUCGGCUGGAUCAGUUUUCCACCGUACUCGCACGUAACGGCAAGAUCAAGAAAGCGAAUUCAUCAGCCGUACCGUGAAAGAUUUACCCGUUUGAUACGUCCGCCAUCGUCCUAACGGCUGUGCCUGUCCUGGAAGAGGCGCUCCAGCGAGCUGACAUACCAGAGGAAAUUCACCCGACCAGAUUUCCAACAGUAAACAUUGUGAGCGGCAGGAACAGAGGUAAACUUAUCAACGACAGCAGAAGGCGACCGAAGCAGCAGCCAUACAACAGUCGCGAGAAGAAGAAAGACUAAGCCGAAGGAAGUAAAACCGAGGAUUUUACUUGCCACUUAAUCUACUACUACGCACUGUUAACGCUUUUGGGGUUGCCUUCACCUUCACCGCAGUGGAAAACAAAUGCACAGAGAAAAGGAGAAUUUUAAAACCGCUUCGAAAACUCGAAGAACGAACCAGCUCCUUCGUUAAUCGGUCCAGAACCAGUGUCCUAAGACGUCGACAUCGUAGGCGACUUUGCUCGUUGGAUGUAAUUAGGAACGAGCGCCGGUUUCUCCAAUCGCUAGCUCCGCUGUAUGUCGAUCGUAGUGCACCGUGGUAGAAGAGCAGGACUGUUGCUUGGAUACGGUACAGUUCAGUUAGCAAAGUGACGUGUAAGCAAGCGAGUUUGGUGGAAAGUCCAGGAAUCUGCUUCGAGUUCUGCGAAAUACCGGCCAGCUCACCACGCGUACCACACGAAUCGCUGGCCAAGGAGGAAAGCAUUCCUGCAAAGUAACACCGGACACUGCUAGAAGUGGUGGCGGUCUAGUUUUACAAAACAAAAAAAGACGCCAACAGGAAACCCGUUCGAGAGUUGCCUCGAGAUCUCCGGGUGACUUUAAGGCCUCUCGUUCCUACUCAAUCCUGCCAGCGGUUACAGGCAGGACACGGAUGCGAAUAACGUUCCUGUACGAUCUACUAUUCCAGGAGGCGGCCAACGGAGGGCACGCGAACGGGCAAUCAUCUUCGUCGGCGUCCUCGUCGUCAUCCGGGAGCGGCACCAUGGUGAAAACGUUCCAAGCUUACCUCCCGCCGACGAAUCGAACGUACUCCUGUGUCCACUGCCGGGCACACCUAGCUAGUCACGAUGAGCUUAUAUCGAAAUCGUUCCAGGGCAGCCAGGGACGGGCCUAUCUGUUCAACUCGGUGGUCAACGUCGCUUGUGGCCAGGCCGAGGAACGGGUCCUACUAACAGGGCUACACGCCGUGGCCGACAUCUACUGUGAAUGCUGCAAAACGCCACUCGGAUGGAAAUAUGAACAUGCCUUCGAGUCGAGCCAGAAGUAUAAAGAGGGCAAGUACAUCAUCGAGCUGGCGCACAUGAUUAAGGAGAAUGGCUGGGAUUGAUUCGCGUCGCCAACGCGGCGCACGCGAACUAGCAGCAACAGCAGCAGUAGCGGUGGCAGCUCAUCGGCAAUAAAUUAGCCAAACUCAAACCCGCCACCGUGUGUCGUGCGUCGUGUUUCGCGCUUUCCAUUUCCUGCCAGCCCUAAACGUCAACGAGACCAGCUAACGAUUUAAUUUUUCACUCGAUCGCGCGCCUACCCCUAAGGGUCAAACUUAUCUUCUGCCAUCUCUGAAUCCUUCCAUUGGCGGGCUGGCUGGUACCGGCUUCCGCCUUAGCGGAAGGAAGGACACGAACAAGAUGUUCAUUUUACUUUUAUCAUGUUUGGUUUCCGUAAGCUUUAUUAAACUCUGUUGUUAACGUUUAUUUUACAAUUUCGUAAAGCCCGUUCGCUGCGGGAAGAUACAACGUAUGUCCUACCGCCAACAGGACAUCAUCUCACACAUCUUGUCCACUGCCCUUGUGCUUUUGUGGAAGGCUUUCGUUAUAGUUUAGCACGUACAAAAUAUCGUAUAUUUUGUAUUUUCAUUACGUGCUGUAACUCUUUUUUUAUGUCCAAAUGGCUUAGUAAUUUUUUAAACGAAAUUGGCGUUUUUUGGCAGGUGAUGGUCUUAGAAUCGUGCAGCAUUAAUUUGUCAUAAAAUCUUCUACAACCCUUAACGUAAUGAGAAAUAAUGCGACCGUCGAGGAAUGGAGCGGUUUCCGGGUGGAAUUCAGAAAAAACCGGAACUAAAUUAAUCUAUGUGUGAUGUGGUAUGUCUGAGAUAGCAUGCAGAAAUGAGCGAGAGUGAUAUUAGUGAUAAGUGUACGUGAGAAAAAUCAUUCGUGAACGUUAGCACGUAAAUAAGUAAACUCAUAAAAACGGAAAAAAUCAAUCCCGAAAUCAUAACUAAACUACACUUGCGAAGGAUGUCCGAAACGUGAUAGAAAAAGCAUCGUAUUUUAGUCGAAAUAUACACACGAAUUAAGGUUAGCUUUAGUUUUUACAAUAAAAAAACGAAUAAAAACAUACGCUAACGAGCGAUGUUCUGUGAGCAACAGGUGGAAAGGAAGGGGGGAAUCAUUGAAAAAAGUUGAAUGACCGAGGAGAUGGAUACGUGCGUGAAUGUGCAAACUAUGUAGGAGUCAAACUGUGAAUCGAAGAAUCAAAAAUUUACUAGAAACAGCGAGAAGGAACAGGAACAAUUUAAACAAAAUCCAGCGCCUAACCCAAACCCGAAUAAGAGAAGACACACAAAUUUACCAAAAAGGACAUAGGUUAACACAAUUAGGUUAUUUUUCCCUAUUGCCGUAUUUUUAUGUUGGGCGGUUUCAAACUCCUUUGAUUAAGCGUACAGAAAUUAAAUAAUGUUGGCUAAACCUUUCAAAAUAUAUAGUAGCACUUACUUUGCUACAUCCACACUUACUAUAUCCUGGAUUAGGUAAUGGAUAUGAAGUGUUAACGAACAAAUAAGCGAACAAAACUAGCAAAGUGAACCAUUCUCAUUCUGUCCAGAGGCUAAAACAUAAAGUAGAACCUUUACGAUGAUAAACAACUGCCCAUACACGAAUCAAAGAAAAACUUCUCUGAUCCGAUUCAACUCAGUAAAUGUGAGCAGAAAAUGUCCUCAGACGAACAAUAAAUAGCAUGGUACAUCAUCAGACACUGAAGCGGGACGAGACCCAAAACAUAAUACCUACUACUGCCAACUAUUCGGAAUGUAGCAGAUUAACACUAAGAUGCCGUUUUGUGAUCGUUCAAGCGAAAAAGGAACUGUAAACAAGAGACGCGAUCCUCGGGAUGAUCGUUGUCUGUCCUAGAAACAAAUGUACUGGUAUCUUUCUACCAGUUCCACACCUUAAUAAGACUUAAGGAGUAGAGGAGAUUAUGGAAAACCCAAGAAAACUGUUCGCUAGUGUACAUGGGGCGGUGACACAACAACAACAAUCUAUCUUUCCAUGGACAUUUGCAGUCCGGUCUGCCGUGGGCACGGCUGCGCAACGAGAUGAAUAUCAACCAUCAAAAAGCAAAAAGUAAAUAUUUUUCCUUUUCAUAAAGGUUCCAAGAUGAUGUUUUUAAAUUAUCUUAAAAAGAUUACGUUUGUCAAGCGAAUGCAAAAUUAUCUAUUGAUUUACAAAAUUUGCUUCAAAGGCAUAGGAAGAUAGAGCGUCAAACCGAGAGAACAAGGUGAUAGAAAAGUAGAAGCAGCACGUGUUCUACGAAAAGAGUUAUAGUUCAUUGUAUUGGAAUUGGUGCUGCACGUGAGUAAAACAUGACGGUUUGGAGUGGUUGAGGUAGAUGAUUCCCCACUUCCUUGCAUUCGUUUUCUUCCUGACUAUAUAAAAGGAAGUCGUAAUGAAUGAAAAGUGCAGCAAACUCAAUGCAAUUCCCAAAGUUUUCGUUCGUUUUAAUUCCGUGUAAUUCAAAACGAACAAAUGGAGGAAAUUUAAAAAAAAACACAUGAUGAAAACUGAUUAUAGCGAAACAAACUCUGCAACCAUAUGAUGUAAUUAUUAAAAUAAGGCUAAGAAACUUUCGCAAGAUUUUUAGUUUUUGCACUUGAAAACGAUUUUCGCCAAGAGAAAAACAAUGAGCACCGUGAGCAAGAGUGCAUGUCAUACUCGACGUACUCGGACGGUGUGUUUCUUUCACGACGGCAUUGUCCCCUUUUUGCAAAAGGCAUCGCGAAGAUUGUCUGUUGUUCCCUUUCCCCUUCCCCACCCCAACUACCCCACCCAACCCACGAGGGUCGUUUGUUGUAGGUAGGUUAAGUGGUCGCUAAUUAGAAAAAGGCAUCCGCCAAGUGGCAAUGUUGAUCGGUUAGUCGCUGGCUGGUCGUAAUUAAUGCAACUUUCCUGAUCGGUUUCAUGUGUUGUUUCGCCCCUCUAUUUGAUGUGUGUGUGUGAGUGUGAAGAUUUUCAUUGCACGGAAACAGAAAAGGAAAAAAUAGGAUUGAGCAAACAUGUAGAAGAAAGAUAACAUAUUUUGUUUGAAAAGAUAAAAAGAAACUGAAGUGAUUGAAAACUAUACGCUAAAGAAAGUUAUAACGGUAAAGUAAGCAUAACGAAAAACGAAAAAAUGAAAAAAGAAGAAAAACAUAAGAAAAAGCUAAAAAAUAAUUACUUUAUACACUUUGUAGGCCGUAAGAGAUAUAUACAAAUGAGGUAAUUACUAGAUAAUAUGUUGAUAUGCUGCGAUGCAAAACGAUAAGUAGAAAACUUUGAAAAGCACUAAAAAAAACUAAAAAAUACAUUCAAAUAAAAUCUUAACUGUUUCAAUAAUCAUGGUUUACAUUUGUUUUGUUACUUAUUACACAGACUUGGUAUACUUAUUUCUAGUCAACGUGGAUCAUUUUGUAUAUGAUUUUAUUAUUUUCACGUCUUUUCUUUUCAGA